AUGGAUGGAAAAAAAUAAUCUAUGGACGAUUAUGAAAUUAUAAGAGUUUUAGGAAGAGGAGCCUAUGGGGAAGUUAUUCUAGCCAAAUAAAAAAUAGACAAUGAAAAUUGUGCAAUAAAAAUACUUGAAAAAUCUUAUUUAGCAAAAGAAAGAAAAUAAUAUUAAGUAUUUAUAGAAAAAGAAGUUUUAUCAUUUAUGAAAUUCGAUGGAAUAAUAAAAUUAUUAGGAAGUUUUUAAGAUAGUUAGUUUUUAUAUUUCGUAAUUGAAUACUGUGAAGGAGGAGAGUUUUCAAGUUAUUUAAAUCAAAAUUUUAAAUACCUAACAAUCGAAACAAUAAAAUUUUAUGCUGCAGAAAUAAUUUAUAUAUUAGAAAAAUUACAUGAAAAUGGAAUUAUACAUAGAGAUUUAAAACCUGAAAAUAUAAUGCUUACAAAAGAUAAUCAUUUAAAAAUAAUUGAUUUUGGUACUUGUGGUUUUGACAGAAAUAUUCCAGAAAAAUUAUAUGAUAAAAUAAAUGCUAUUAAAAAUAAAUUUCCAGAAGAAACAGAACCAUUAGAUAAAGACCAAUUUAACUAAAGAAAUAGAUCAUCUACAUUUGUAGGCACAGCUGAAUAUGUUUCACCAGAAUUACUUGAAGGAGAAUUUUGUACUGCAUCAGCUGAUUUAUGGGCCUUUGGUUGUAUUCUUUAUAGAAUGAUAGUUGGUAAUACACCUUUUGUAGAUCCCAAUGAUAUGAAUGAAUUUAAAAUUUUUAAUAAAGUUAAAUAAGUAUAAUUUAACAUACCAUCUAAUGUACCAGCUGAUGCUGCUGAUUUAAUAAAAAAAUUAUUAAGAAGAAAUCCUAACGAAAGAUUAGGAGGUGGAGAACCAGGUUCAAAAAACGGAAUUAAAGCAUUAAAAAAUCAUCCUUUUUUUAAUGAUAUUGAUUGGGAAAAUUUACUAAAGCUUUAAGCUCCUAAAAGAGAAGUUGCACUUUAAUUAGAAUUAGAUGAUGCUGAUUUUAUGGAUGAAGGAGAAUUAGCAAGUCCUUUAAAAUUACCUACUGGAUCUUAAAGGCCUAUAUUAACAGGAAGAGUUUUAAAAAAAGUUGCUUGGAUGAUAUAUAAGCCUAGAUAGUUGAUUUUGUAUGAGGAACCUCCAAAACUUAUUUAUUAUGAUCCUAAUACUAAUAUAAAAAAAGGUGAAAUUUUACUUACUUCAUCUGUGACGAUUGAAUAAACAGAAAAAACUAGAUUUACAAUUAAUGGAUCUAAAAAAAAAUAUUUUUUUAAAGAAUUAGAUCAUCCUGCUAAUAUUUGGGUAGAAAAAGUAUAAAAAGUAAUAAAAGAAAAAUGCUGA